UGUUUACACAAAAUAUUGCCUACAUCGCUAUUUUGGUUAUAAUACAAAAUAAAUACGGAUUACAUUUUGCUCACUAAGCAAGUGUGUCUCGCCAUGGAGUCACUGCACUUUACACGUACUCAAAGAAAUGACUUUCCCAUGUAAAUAAACAAAAAUGUCAAUAGCCAGCCGACGUGUUUUGCUCCGGUUGUGGUGGGAGAACCGUGAAAAUGUUUCGUAGCGAGGCGGAAUACAGCCAGUUUAUACUUUCUAAUCGCGGCGAUCAGUCUCGAUAAGAUAUAAAACAUAUCGACUCCCGCUGCGAGUUAAACUUCGAGAAAUGUCGUUCGAGGAACUCAAGGAAUACGUCGCCGCUCACGGUCAAGAGCAUCUCCUGAAGUAUUGGCCGGAGUUGAGUGACAAUGAACGGGAGCAGCUCGCGAGUGAAAUUAAAAAGUUGGACUUGAGUGAAAUGAACGAGAUUUUCCGACGAGCGAUGGACGCGACGAAAGUUAUCAUGGAAAAGUUGGACGACGAUCUGAAGCCUAUUCCACAAACGCACUACGAGUCCGUGCCCGGCCUGACCAAGUCUAAAAUCGAGGAGUACGAAAACAUCGGUUUCAACGAAAUCGCAAACGGCAAAGUUGGUGUUCUCCUGCUGGCCGGAGGCCAAGCAACUAGAUUAGGGUUUGGACAUCCCAAAGGCAUGUACGAUGUAGGUCUGCCGUCCCAUAAAACCCUGUUCCAAAUUCAAGCCGAGAGAAUUCUCAGGGUGCAACAAAUGGCAGAGGAGAGGACAGGAAAAGCCGGUAAAAUCACCUGGUACAUCAUGACCUCAGAACAUACGAAAGCUCCGACCGCUGAGUUCUUCAAAAAUCACUCCUACUUUGGUUUAAAUGAGGAGGACAUUGUAUACUUCGAACAGGGUAGACUGCCCUGUUUCGAUUUUGAUGGUAAAAUUAUUCUAGAUGAAAAAUACCAUCUAUCCUCGGCACCCGAUGGCAAUGGAGGAAUAUACCGCGCUUUGAAGAAUCAAGGUAUUUUAGAUGAUUUUGUGAACCGAGGGGUGGAGCACCUUCAUGCCCAUUCCGUAGACAAUAUUCUUAUUAAAGUAGCAGAUCCCGUAUUCAUCGGUUACUGUAAAAGUAAAAAUGCCGAUUGUGCCGCCAAAGUUGUGCAAAAGUCAUCCCCUAGCGAGGCCGUCGGGGUGGUGUGCAGAGUCAAUGGAUACUAUAAGGUGGUGGAAUAUUCUGAGCUCACUGAUGAAGCAGCGGAAAGAAGGAACCCCGAUGGAAAGUUGACAUUCUCUGCUGGUAACAUUUGCAAUCACUACUUCUCAUCCGAGUUCCUAUCAAAGAUCUGCGACUUUGAAACCAAAAUUAAACUGCAUGUUGCCAAAAAGAAAAUUCCUUUUGUUGAUGAGAAUGGUGUUCGUCAGAAGCCUUCAGAUUCCAACGGUAUCAAAAUGGAAAAGUUCAUUUUUGAUGUCUUUGAAUUCGCCAAAAACUUUAUUUGCUUAGAAGUGGCUAGAGAUGUUGAGUUUUCUGCGUUGAAGAAUGCAGACUCGGCUAAAAAAGACUGCCCAUCUACUGCCAAGGAGGACCUGUUGAGGCUCCACAGGAAGUACAUAAGAGAGGCCGGUGGUGUUGUCGAGGACAAUAUUGAAGUUGAGAUCUCUCCGUUGCUCUCCUACGGUGGUGAGAACUUGAAGGACUUGGUUGAAAAUGAAGUGUUCACAAUUUCUCCAUUCCAUUUAAAAAGUCUGAGCGAGUCCGCGACUAACGGUGUAAAUGGAAAUCAUUGAAGUGGUGUAGAUAAAAUGUAUUUUAAACAAUAGGUUCCGCUUAGUUCCAAUAAUGAUUAAGUUUAUUCCAUGAGCCAUUAACUUUUUGCUUCUUUCGUGCGACAUAAGAAUGUAAAUAAUUUUAUUAUAAAAUCAUGAUUGCUUAUCCAAAACUAUUAUGAAGUUAUUUAAAAUUUAAUGGUAAAGAAUAAUAUAUUCUAUCCAUAUUAUUAUCACAAUUUUACUUUACAUUACUUUAAAAUUUUAGUGAGUUUCAUAACCAGUUUUUUGGCAUCUAGUCAAUUUAGUUAUGCUGUCAUUAACAGAACUAUUUACUUUAUUACAUUGUAAAUGUAGCAUUUCCUGUUUUAUCUAAUUACGUUUAUAUUUAAACAAGAAGAUAUCAUUAGUUUAUUCAAGUAUUCAAUGUCUCCAAAACAUAAUUUACCAAGGUCACAAAAAUGUCAUUGGAAUAUUUAUUUUAACUGAAAUUUGUUUUUUAGAAUUUUACAAUUUUGGUGUUAAAGUAGUUUACAGAG